GAAAUCCCACCCCCGGAAAGCCCAUUUUGUGGGUUAGGUGAAUGAGUAAAACAACGUCGAUAACGUGCCAAACCAGCAUCGAUGAUCACCUUAAUCACACCCGAACACCCGUGCGUAUAGCAUAAGCAUAGUAGUAGUUUAUAAUAGAUGGAUAUAACCGCCCCCACACCCUCUGAGAUUUUAAGGUUUGAUCUUCGUCCCUCAAGGCUCCAUCUCAUAUAUCUUUCGAAUUGAAACCUAACUCAAUGAAAGAAGACUUUGGUUGCUUAAGGAAUCCAAUUGCCCCCUUUCCCCAAUCCCCAAAUAAGCAAACAGACAGACAAAUAGCAAUAAUAAAAAUAAAAAUAUUAAUAUUAAUUGAAGGAGAGGAGAUGUGAUGUGAUACGGUAAUGAGAGAUGGAAAGGGAUGGUUACGUGGUGCCGGCGGACCCUCCGGCGGUGACUUCCGUCAAGAAGAAGACGCAGCCUGCCAGGAGUUGGAUUCUCGUCGACGCUACGGGACAAGGCACCAUUCUCGAUGCAGACAAACAUGCUAUCAUGAACCGCGUUCAGAUUCACGCGCGCGAUCUCAGGAUUUUAGACCCUCUCUUGUCUUAUCCCUCCACCAUUCUCGGUCGUGAGGGGGCCAUCGUUCUGAACUUGGAGCACAUCAAGGCAAUAAUUACUUCCGAGGAGGUUUUGCUUCGAGACCCUUUGGAUGAAGAUGUUAUUCCUGUUGUUGAGGAACUUAAAAGGCGAUUGCCUCCUGCAAAUGUCUUUCGUCAAAGUCAAGGAGAUGGGAAAGACCACACUGGUGGACAACUUGAUGUUGAAGCUGGUGAAGAGGAUGAGUCACCAUUUGAAUUCCGUGCCUUGGAGGUAGCGCUGGAAGCCAUUUGUAGUUUUCUAGCUGCACGUACAACAGAGCUGGAGACUGCUGCAUAUCCUGCUUUAGAUGAGCUUACCUCCAAAGUUAGUAGCAGAAAUUUGGAUAGAGUUCGUAAAUUGAAGAGUGCAAUGACGAGGUUGACUGCUCGGGUACAAAAGGUGAGAGAUGAACUUGAACAGUUACUUGAUGAUGAUGAUGAUAUGGCUGACCUUUACCUAUCACGAAAGCUGGCUGGUGCGUCUUCACCAGUCAGUGGCUCCGGUGGUGCGAAUUGGUUUCCUGCUUCCCCUACAAUUGGUUCAAAAAUUUCUAGAGCAAGUAGAGUAAGUUUGGCAACAGUUCGCGGAGACGAGAAUGAUGUUGAGAAUGAUGUUGAGGAGCUUGAAAUGUUACUGGAGGCUUACUUCAUGCAGAUUGAUAGCACUUUGAACAAAUUGACCACGUUGCGAGAGUACAUUGAUGACACAGAGGAUUACAUUAAUAUUCAGCUUGACAAUCAUCGAAAUCAGCUGAUUCAGUUAGAGCUCUAUCUGAGUUCUGGGACUGUUUGUUUAACCAUAUAUUCCUUGGUGGCUGGAAUAUUUGGCGUGAACAUCCCAUACACAUGGACUGACAAUCAUGGUUACAUGUUUAAAUGGGUGGUAAUUGUCACAGGAGCAUUCUGUGCAUCUCUGUUCCUAGUUCUAAUGACAUAUGCUCGCUACAAGGGCCUGGUUGGAUCUUGAAAGGUCCCAUGUUCUCUGUAGGUAUAAUUCGAGAUUCCUAGUUCUAAUGGCAUAUAUAUGCUCCCUCCCUCUUGGUAAAGCAUGCAGUUCAGUCUGCAGGUCAUCAUGGUAGAUUCUUAUAAUUUGUCAAAUCCUUGUUCAAACCGGGCUCAGGCAUCCGACGAGGAAAUUGUAAAACAGCAUGCAGAUUUUUAGAUAUACUUUUUUAAUUUUUUUUCCCACGAUAGUGAAUCUUAAUUUCUUGAAAUACAAAUCAGCAUUUUAUUUUUUGCUUUUUUUUAUAUAUAUUUAAUAAAUUAAUGUAUGUUUAAAGCGUA